AUGGCCAACUACGGAUACCAAUCGCCGCCCAACAACCAAUAUAAUGCUCAGAACAAUCUCAACUUCUACCAGUCCACAUACUCAAAUCAGCCCGUAUCAGGGCAAUCCACACCGUUCCAAGCAUUCGGCGCACCCAAUACCGGACAAGCUUACGGAGCCUCAAAUGCUUAUGGUGGAGGCUCAGCGAACUAUGGCUUUGGAGCCUUUGCGGGACCACCAGGAGCAAGCGGGCAGAUGGGCACAGGACAAGGAGGCUUAAGAACAGGCUGGCGUGCCGCGCUUGGCACAGAAGGAUAUGAUGGCGAGCCUCCUCUGCUAGAGGAGCUCGGUGUCAAUUUCCACCACAUACAAAGCAAGACACUCACCGUGCUCAAUCCCAUGGCGCGAAUAGACCAACACAUCAUGGACGAUGCAGACUUGGCAGGACCAUUUCUCUUUUGUGCGCUCUUCGGCACAUUUCUAUUACUCUCUGGAAAGCUGUGGUUCGGCUACGUAUGCGGGCUGGCUGCUCUUGGCGCCAUCGCGCUACACUUUGUGUUCAGCAUGAUGUCGCCUCCCUUGUCGCAAGAUGACGUCCAAGCUGCCCAGAACCAUCAACCGAGCUAUCAUGGUAGCGCCCACUUCUCAUCGACCCUCACACUUGGCCGCUCGAGCUCUGUCCUCGGAUACUGUUUGCUUCCCUUGGUCUUCGCAAGCUUGCUUGGCGUAGCCUUGCCGUUGGACACCUUCAUCGGUUACUGUCUCGUCAGCCUGGCCAUCGCGUGGUGCACUUACUCAAGCUCGGCCAUGUUCUGCGUUGUGGGGCGCAUGACCAACAUGAGAGGCCUGGUCGCCUACCCUCUGGCACUCUUUUACGUUGGAUUCGGCAUCAUGGCCGUUUUCUCAAGUCGGGGUACUGGGCGCAUCGACCAGAUGACGAAAGCCUCA